UUACUAUUGCUAGAUUAUGAUUCGACCACAAAUUCGAUUAGAAAGAACAUAUUUAUAUUUAUGUGUGUUAUAUCUACUUUCUUUUGUAUGCUACAAAUGUACACACGAUACUAUGAACAAAAAAUAUUUAUUAUAAAUAUUGAUUAGUAUUAAAAUAUUUAAUGUUUUCAACAAAAGAAAAAUUAAUACAUCGUACCGGACAAAAUGGCGUUGGCAGAUACGAUUUUUUAAAACUUUUAAUUAAUGAAUUUAAAUCGACCUCGUCUAAAGAUGCAAAGCUGCAAGUGUUAGCAAAUUUGGUUAAUUUUGCAUACGAUCCUGUUAACUAUGAUUAUUUAAGACAACUUAAGGUAAUAGAUUUAUUUCUUCAUAUAUUAUCAGAAGAUAACACUACUUUUGUACGCUUUGCUAUAGGAGGUAUUUGUAAUUUAUGCUUAGAUCCAAUAAACAAAGCAUAUAUCUUACGCAAUCAGGGUAUUCCAUUAGUAUCGUUAUUACUUAAUUCUCACGAUGAAGGAAUCAUACUGUCAUCGAUUACAACAUUAAUGUUUUUAAUUACACCUGAAUCUAAAGACGAUAUACUUUCACCGACCAUUAUACGUUCUAUUAGUUUAAAAGUUGGAGAUCGUGUAUCGAUUUCUAAAACUAUAACCAACAGCGAUGUUUUGAGUUUUGCACAAUUGACCAGUGAUUAUAAUCCUAUUCAUAUUACUUCAGAUAAAAAUAUUGUUCAUGGAGCUUUGCUUAAUGGUUUAGUGUCAGGUGUACUUGGUACAAAAUUACCAGGCCCAGGUACAAUCGUUACUGAACAAACUCUUAAAUAUCCUAAUUCUUGCUAUGUCGGUGAUACAGUAGAAAUAAUAGUACAAAUAAUAUCUUUUGAAAUGUAUUUAAAAUUUAUUUGUAUUAUUCUAUGCGCAUCGACUGUUUACACAAAAAAAGAUAUAGAUGUAAAUAACAGUAAUCAUCUAGACUCAUCAACGUCUGAAGAACCAGUUGGAUGUGUUUGCGGUGUAUUUUUAAGUGGACAAUUUAAAAAAGGUACAAAAGAACAGCCUACGGGAAAUCCGGUUCUUCUUCAUGAACAAUCCGAUUCGUUUCCUUGCACUCUUCAUGGAAACAAACAAUGUAUUAAUAAAUGUCUCGAGAUGAUCAUAAAACAUCUUCCAAACAGUUCAAAUUUACUUUGUGCUGCAUUAGAUCGUGAUUGUUUAAAAGAAAAAGCAUCUCUCUUCAUACAAAAUUGUAAAAAUAAAUGGAUUAAUACGAAUUUAUCGAGUGGUAAAAAGUAUUGUUGCAAAGAUGGGAUUUCGUAUAAGUGUCCUAUCAAUUAAUUAAUAUAAUAUUUAUAUAUAUGUAUAUACAUAUUUAAUUGUAAUAUUUUCUAAUCAAUCUUUUUAUAUUCCUAGAUAUUAUUUUUAAAUUCCCCGCCUUUUAUCUAUAUAUAACCUAACUCCUUCAAAGCAGAAGAAUUCAACAUAAAUACCUGAAAUACUGUGCAUCUAUAUUUAGGAAUUGAGUUAUAACAUUCUGUCCUGGAUUUUAUAUAUGGAUAGCUCAUUAAAUAGACUAUUUCUAUUUAAAAUGCAUUGUUAAAUCAUAAUUCAGCUUUAAAGAAUUCUUGUUCUUUUUGCAAUACUCACAAGUGGAAAUAUAACCCCAAUAACAGUGUCACUAGUAAAUAACAUUAAUCUUAAGCUUAAUAAAUUGAUUAAUGUGUAUUAUAUUUUAAUUGUAUGUUUUAUAUUUAUACAUUCUUUUUUUGGAAAAAAGAAUAAAGUGAAUGAUCAAAGGUAGUAAAAAUUAAUAUACAGUAAAAUAUUUAUGUAAACAAAAAUAAAAUGAAUAUUUGAAUGAAU